AUGGAUUUAGUUCUAAAUUUCCAAAAUGUCACAACAAUAGGAUUUCUUUCUCUAAUAUUCUUAAUUUAUUUAUUCCAUUUCCGUCCUUCCAAAGUUGUUAAUAAGGGUAGAGAACCUCCCAUGGCCUCAGGUGCAUGGCCAAUACUUGGUCACCUCUUAGUCUUAGGUGGUUCUAAAACACCUCAUAAAACAUUAGGCACCAUGGCUAACAAAUAUGGACCCCUAUUCACCAUAAAACUUGGUACAAAUCGUGCUUUGGUACUAAGCAAUUGGGAAAUGGCAAAAGAGUGUUACACUAUAAACGAUGUUGCCGUUUCGUCUCGUUCUAAACUUGUUGCAAUUGAACAUAUAGCUUAUAACCAAGCUAGCUUUGGUUUUGCACCCUAUGGUCCUUACUGGCGCGAAAUGCGUAAAAUUGUUAGUAUCUUCCUAUCGAAUCGUCGAAUGGAACAGCUUAGCCAUGUUCGAGUCACGGAAGUUAAAACUUCGAUUAAAGAGCUUUUCCAUGUUUGGUCUAACAAAAAGAAUGAUUCUGGCUACAUGUUGGUGGAGAUGAAGCAGUGGUUCACCCAGUUGGUAUUCAAUAUAGUUUUCCAAACAAUGGCUGGGAAGAGAUAUUUUGGUGAAACAGCCGUAGUAAAGGAGAAAGAAGCACAAAAUAUUGUAAAGGCAUUAAGAGAGUUCAUGCAUAUGUUAGGGGUAUGUACAAUGGCUGAUGCUGUUCCAAUUCUAAGAUGGAUGAAAUUAGGAGUCAAAGCAAUGAAAGAAACUGCCAAAGAAUUGGAUAUAGUUUUAGAUGAUUGGUUAGUGGAGCAUCACAAGAAUAAGGGUUUAGGUGAAAAAGUUGAAAGUGACCAAGAUUUUAUGGACAUGAUGAUUUCAAUGCUUGAUGGUGCCACCAUUGGUGGAUUCGAUGCUGAUACUAUAAACAAAGCAACAACAUUGGCAUUGAUAUUGGGAGCAACUGAUACAAGCACAGUUACCCUUACAUGGGUAAUUUGUUUACUAUUGAGAAAUCCUCAUGUAUUAGCAAAAGCAAAAGAAGAACUCAACAAUCAAAUUGGAGAAGAAAGAUUCAUAAAUGACUCAGACAUAAAUAAGUUGGUAUAUCUUCAAGCAAUAGUCAAAGAAACCCUAAGAUUGUAUCCUCCAGGUCCUCUCUCAGCACCUCGUGAAUUCACAGAAGAUUGUACGUUAGGUGGCUAUCGUAUCAAAAAAGGAACUAGACUUAUCACAAAUCUUUGGAAAAUUCAAACCGAUCCAAGUAUUUGGCCAGAUCCAUUAGAGUUCAAACCAGAAAGAUUUCUUACCACUCACAAAAAUGUUGAUGCCAAGGGUCAACAUUUUGAGUUGUUACCAUUUGGAAGUGGUAGAAGGAUAUGUCCAGGAAUAUCUUUUGGUCUUCAUAUGAUUCAUUUAACUUUGGCUAAUUUUUUACACUCCUUUGAAAUUGUAAAUGGAUCUAGUGAACCUGUUGAUAUGACUGAAAAUCUUGGAAUGACCAAUGAAAAAGCUACACCACUUGAGAUUUUGGUUAAACCACAUUUCUCUCCUAAGUAUUAUGAAACCAUGUGA